GAGGAAAAAAGUCUUUGCAGAGAAGGAUUCGUCAAAGCGAUUCCCUUUUUACGUUUCGGCAAGCCUCGUGGUCGCGUUAGGGUUAAGACAGAAGAACGACCAGGAGAGUACAAAUCUGUUGUAACUACCCAUACCCAUACGGCAAACGAUUGCUCAAAACAAAGCGAAGAAAAUUUAAAUUACCAAAAAGAUUGCUUACAAAGCCAUGAAACAUUCCAUGAGAAAAACAACGACGCAAAGAAUUUAUUGGAAUCACCAGAUACGGAGAAAAUCGACUUGAUACUCACUGAUGAUGCAGAAAUGCAUGACAAUUAUCUUUUAUGA